AUGGGUCGCGUCCGGACGAAAACCGUCAAGAAGUCCGCCAAGGUCAUCAUUGAGCGGUACUACCCCAAGCUCACUCUCGACUUCGAGACCAACAAGCGGGUGUGCGAUGAGAUCGCCAUCAUUGCUUCCAAGCGCCUGCGCAACAAGAUUGCCGGCUACACCACGCAUCUGAUGAAGCGUAUCCAGCGGGGACCGGUCCGCGGUAUCUCCUUCAAGCUGCAGGAGGAGGAGCGCGAGCGGAAGGAUCAGUACGUGCCCGAGGUCUCUGCGCUCGACUUUGCGCAGAACACCGAGAGCGGCCAGCUGGAUGUCGACACCGAGACCAAGGACCUGCUGAAGCACCUGGGCUUCGACACCAUCCCCGUCAACGUUGUCCCUGUCACCCAGCAGCAGGUGACGGAGCGUGGUGGCCGCCGCUUCGGCGACCGGCCCCCUCGUCGCGACUAA